AAUGUUCAGAUACCUGUCACGUAUCCUACAACUGCACCAGAGAUAGCUUUGCCAGAAUUAGAUGGUAAAACAGCAAAAAUGUACAGAGGUGGAAAAAUAUGCCUUACAGAUCAUUUUAAACCUUUGUGGGCACGUAACGUUCCAAAAUUUGGUAUUGCACAUGCCAUGGCACUUGGACUUGGUCCAUGGUUAGCAGUUGAAAUUCCAGACCUUAUAGAGAAAGGUGCUAUAACUCAUAAAGAUAAACUUGACGAACAUAAAUCAUAAGGGUAGAGGAAAUUAUUGUAUAAUAUAAGUUCUUU